GUUCGGCAUCAAGGAGAUCAAAGUGCUCCUUCUCGACCCCUUCCCUCUCGACUCACUGAAUGCAUUCGACAAAGCCCAUUAUCAGGUGGAUGAAUGCUUUGGCAUACUGUCGGAAGCUGAAUUACUUCGUCGUAUAUCCGAUUACAAUGUAGUGUGUUUGAGUGGCGAGAGAGAGACCGAGUAUCUAACCGAUGAAGUAUUACGAUCUGCACACCGUCUUUUGGCGAUUGGAGUAUUUGGUCCACUUUCUAUCCAAGUCAAUUUGAAAGCAGCUCAGGCUAUGGGUAUCCCAGUGUUUACUGCACCUUAUCAGUACACGCACAGUGUUGCUGAAAUGUCUUUGGCAAAUAUCAUUUUGCUGUCUAGACAGAUUGGCGAUCGCAGCAAAGAAAUUCAUGCUGGCGAAUGGAACAAGACAUCAACCAACUGCGUUGAAGUACGUGGCAAAACACUCGGUAUUGUUGGAUAUGGCCAUGCUGGCUCGCAACUUGGCAUUAUGGCAGAAGCGCUAUCCAUCUGCGUUAUUUUUUACGAUGAACUUAGUUUGAUGCCAAUUGGCCGUGCAAAACCAGUUGAUACUCUAGAUGAACUACUUGCCAAGUCUGAUUAUGUGGCUAUCAACAUUACCUCCACUCCAGAAAACGAUGGAUUGUUUGAUAAAAAUAUGCUUGCCAAAAUGAAACAAGGCAGUUAUUUGAUCAAUGCAUCCGCAAGUGAAGCUGUUGAUCAUGCGGCUCUCGCAGACGCAAUCAAGUCAAAGCAUAUUGCAGGUGCAGCAAUCGAUGCUAUUCCAGCUCACGAGAUUGAUGGGAAAACCUUCAAAUCUCCUUUGCAGUCAGCUCGCAAUGUGAUUCUUACGCCUGUUAUUGCUGGAGAUACUCUUGAAGCACGUCGACGUAUUGUUGCAGAGAUUACAGAGGAUGUUGUGCGUUACAUCUCCGAGGGUACGACCAUUGGCGCUGUCAACUUUCCUAGUGUUGCUGCCUGGCCUCUCAAGCCUGGGAGUCGCCGUAUUAUUUGCAUGCACAGAAAUGUGCGUGGAGUGCUCAAGGAAAUUGAUCAUAUUCUGUCUGCAUACAAUGUUGGAAAGCAAGUGUUAGACACAAAAGAUUCGCUUGGAUAUCUCAUUGCAGAUGUGAUGACAGAUCAACUCUCUACAGAGAUUGUGAGUCAGUUAGCAAUGCUUGCCAAUACGGUGAGAACUCGGAUUGUCUGAUAGACUGCGUUUCUGGUUUGAUCCAUCAGAUUCGUUACAUUACGAACGGAUGAGAUUUUAGUUGACAAAACUUUCAAUAAAUAAUCAUUAGUUUGAUGA